AUGGAAGACGAUUCAGAGUUGACCCAGACCAUUUACACUCGGAGUUAUUUCGUAGAACUUGUCAACCGAAUUCGCACAGAGGAUGACAUUGCUGAUUUAAUCACUUUGUUUGGCACUCUCGGUAGGGAUGAGCUCGAACUUGCCUUACCAUCGCUGAGCUUGCUAGCUGAGAAGUGUCCGAAAGGUAUGAGAGAUCGUAUGAUGGAUCUAAUCCGCUUCACUCUCACAGAUGCGAACUCGUCUCGGUCUGCGCGAAAAGCUGCGAUUUCAUGUCUUAAAACACUAACGCGAGGAGACCCUAUCUGGGGUAAUUUCUUCACGCUAGCUCAGUGCCUGGAAGAGCCACAAUUCCAUAUUCUCAAUCCUGUCCUACCUCGAAUGGAUCUUGUGAUGCAGUCGGUUUAUUCGAACAUGUUAGAUUUUAAAUGGGCAAAAGUCUUGCUCACAAGAGCCCUUGCUCACUCUAAUGGUUGGAUACGGCUGUGGGCGCUAGAGAAACUGGUGGCAGUCAAGGCGAAUUUCUUGGCUUCAGAUCAAAACUUACUAUUCUGCGUACUUCUGAAACACCUCGAUUCAAAUGAUCCUUUCUGGCGACUUUUGGAACGUCAAAGACUCAAGUCUUUUUUGAAAUCGCUGUCGAAUUUAUUUGAAGGGAUUGCUCUUUCUCUGAAUGAUGGCAGUAGAGAAGAUUUCAUGAGGGAGACUCUUCGAAAUGUUGGUCUGAUAUCUAACCCAUCAUCACUGUAUUUCAUGUCAGAGACCCUCAAGACAAUCACUCCGUCACGUUGUCUUUGCCUGAAGGAUUUUCCUUUGAUUAUUAACCUCGCUCAGAAAACGCGAUAUAUUCAACAUACUACUAUGAGGCUUGUUACACUGUACAAUUUUGUCCUAUUUUUUUCCAAAACGCUUGAGCAGAGUUGUGAAACAAUCAACGAACUUGGAGUUCUCACUGCUUUAUUUUCUCGUGAAGAUCCUUCUCUCUUAGAUGGCUUCGUUAAUGAGAACAGUUCGAAAGACCUACUUCACCAUAUGAAGGAACCCCUUGAUAUGAUUGAAGUGGCGGUGCACUGUCGACGGGAAUUUCAUAGAGAUGAUUUCGCCAUUUUGUUAUGGACACGAGCAAGGCUAUCUGGACACGAUGAUCAGCUCCAGAAACUAAUUGAGCUGGAGUUAGCUGAUCGGCUCAUGGCUGUGGAAGAAGGAGUGGAUAUGGUGUUAUCUAGCACAAUGGUAGAAAGCGUCAACACUCUGCUGACAUUACUAUGUACUUCUCCUAGAGACUUGACGUCAGUUGAUCCAGGGCUCACACAACUAAUUCAUGGAUAUAUUCUGUUGCGAUGCGCUGUAACCACCGCUACA